GCGGGAGGUUUGAAAUGGACGGAGUGGCUGGUUGACAGGGGUGGGCGGGGCCAGGGCAUCGCGAGGCGCUGAGGGGAGCCGUCACUAUGGCGACCAAACGGCUAGCCAGGCAGCUUGGAAUUCUUAGAAGAAGUUCCAAAUCGUCACCUGAUGGUCAGAGUCACAGAUCUAAACUGAGGCAGGUGUUCGGCUACUUAAUCAUCAUUGAUUUUGAGUCUACGUGCUGGAGAGACGGGAGAAAGCAUUACAGCCAAGAAAUAAUUGAAUUUCCAGCCGUUUUAUUAAACACCACAAAUGGAAAGAUUGAGUCUGAAUUCCAUAUGUACGUCCAACCUCAGGAACAUCCAGUUCUCUCUGAAUUUUGCACGGAGCUAACAGGUAUCACACAGAAUCAAGUCGAUGAAGGAGUCCCUCUGCCUAUAUGCCUGUCUCAGUUUUCUAAAUGGAUUCAGAAGAUACAAAAGGAGAAGAAAAUAAUUUUUGAUUCAGCUCUUCCAAAUGUUGCUGCUUCUGAAGGGAAACUAUGUGCAUUUGUUACCUGGUCAGACUGGGAUCUGGGGGUUUGCUUGCAAUAUGAAUGCAAAAGGAAGCAGUUGCGUCAGCCAGAGAUUUUACACUCCUGGAUCGACCUCAGGGCCACGUACAAGCUCUUUUAUUCAAGGAGGCCCCAAGGAUUAAACGGCGCUCUGCAGGACUUGGGGAUCGUAUUUGCAGGACGGGAGCAUUCUGGGCUGGAUGAUUCUCGGAACACGGCUCACCUUGCCUGGCGGAUGAUCCGCGAUGGAUGCGUGAUGAAAAUCACUAAAUCUUUGCAUAAGGCACCUCCAGGAAAGAACUCUAUUGCCAGAUUUUUGAAUGCAAAGCCUACCGAGGCCAGCCCCUUGGGGAGCAGCAACAGUGCAAAAACAUCGGGGUUGGGUAAAAACGGGGACUGUGAAAGCACCUCGUCAAUUAAAAAUGACACUGGAGAAGAACAACCGGAGUACGCACCAGUGUGUUUGUAUGGAAGCAUCCCAAUUUUGUCAAGAAAUGGGUCCAAAACCGCUGGCUGCGGCAGCGUUCCAAGUUAUUUGACUCCGCCUGCUGGCCGACUCCAUUCCCCUAUUGGCUGUCUUCAGCCGUCCUCUUUUAGCAUCCAGAGUGGACUAAGCAACAGGCAUCUGAUGGCCAGUGCCCCGGCACAGAACGCAGGGCUGGUGCUGGUGUCCACUACGCUUUCUUCCAUCAAUGAUUCCGAUAUGGACAUUGGGACUACUUCUGAUUGUCUGUCCAUGCUGGCCGACUGGGAGGAUUUCCCAUUGAUACCAGAAUCUGACCAGAGUUCAGAAGGCCUACUGUUGGAGGACCACUCGGGCAUUGGGAGUUCACCGGUCUCCGGAGAAAGAACAGAUGCGAGCGAGUCAGACGUGAGCAAUUUGCAAUCCGAAGGGGCUCCUGAAAUGACUCUGAACGAGGAACUCUCUGAGUCUGUUGUGUACAAAAGUCCAAAUACUACGAUUUAUCGCAAAGGCACAGCUCCAAGCAAGUCUUCCAACGCUUCUGUUUUUAAACUCCCCGCUGCAAAGACCAACACAGCUUCCAUGUCAUCAAAUGGAGACUGCCUGAUGUCUGCUUCUGAAGCUCUGAAGAGGAAGCCGUCCAGUCCACCGCCUGCUCCUCCAGGAAAAAAGCCACCCUUUGACAUAUACAAAGACAAAGAUGCACCAUCCAUUAACCCUUUCAGGCGCUCAGUAUCGCGUCCAGUGCCUUGCGGCAUCUUAAACUCUUCCAGCAAUCAAAACCGAUCUUUCAGGUUCACCGAAAAUGGGAAAGUGACCCCGCCUUUAUGCAAAUGUGGUCGGAGAGCUAGAAGGCUCCAGGUAUCCAAGGGGGGCCCCAAUCAUGGUAAAGCGUUCUUUAGCUGCCCAGUGGGAAAGCAGGAAGGGAACCGAAAGAGUUGUGGCUAUUUCAAAUGGGAGCAUACGCUUCUAAAAGAUAAAUGCACGCUUCCUUCCUCUCCCUUCAGCCCUGUCGGGCUACCAUCCCCUGGGACAACUUUGCAUUCAUCGGGAAACAUUCAAAAGAAAUGUCUGGGUCUCCGACCUUCUAUGCGAACGUGACAAUGCAUCCACAGUUGGCCUCGCUUACUGUGUGUGCGCCUGCAAGUUGGGAGGUUGCUAAAUUUGGUUCCCCAGGGGCAUAAUUGUCCCACAGGUUGUCUGGGAAAUGUUUUAGGAAGCUGAUGGUGCGAAGCUACAAGAAUCAAAGGGAGAAGGAUGAACCAGAGUGGAAUAGACAUUUAAACAUUCCAGACUCUGGAGGGGUUGGACUCUGUGAUCAGGGUUAAUUGGAACAAAGAAAGUUCCUGGGUUUCCUAUUGCAGUGUAUUUAUUUUUCAUACAAUCCGAGCUUACGACCUGUGUGAUCCUUUUUAUGACUUGUACAGCUGACAUUGUUAGAUAACUGGAGCCAUGCACCCAUUGUGGAUUUAAAGAGCUGAACCAUGGGGCUUUAGCCCUGUUUCUGCCUUCAUAAAUUAUGUACAAAGUAGCCAUCAUGGUUUUAACCUUUAAAUUUUUUUUAGUCCUUUAUUAAUAGAAUGAAAUAAAAACUUGGUGCUUUACAAAUUAA